CGGGGAGCAGGAGGAAGGCGCUGGCGGGCAGUGAUGGCGGCGGGUGAUGGGGACGUGAAGCUAGGCACCCUGGGGAGUGGCAGCGAGAGCGGCAGCGACGGCAGCAGCGGGAGCCCAGGCGGCGCGGGAGCGGCAGCGGAAGGGGGCGGCUGGGCGGCGGCGGCGCUGGCGCUUCUGACAGGGGGCGGGGAGAUGCUGCUGAACGUGGCGCUGGUGGCGCUGGUGCUGCUGGGGGCCUACCGGCUCUGGGUGCUCUGGGGGCGGCGGGGUCUGGGCGCGGGGGCGGGGGCGGGCGAGGAGAGCCCCGCGGCGUCCCUGCCGCGCAUGAAGAAGCGGGACUUCAGCUUGGAACAGCUGCGCCAGUACGACGGGUCCCGCACCCCGCGCAUCCUGCUCGCGGUCAAUGGGAAAGUCUUCGACGUGACCAAAGGCAGCAAGUUCUACGGCCCCGCGGGGCCAUAUGGAAUAUUUGCUGGUAGAGAUGCCUCCAGAGGACUAGCAACAUUUUGCCUAGAUAAGGAUGCACUUAGAGAUGAAUAUGAUGACCUCUCAGAUUUGAAUGCAGUACAGAUGGAGAGUGUUCGAGAAUGGGAAAUGCAGUUUAAAGAGAAAUAUGAUUAUGUAGGCAGACUCCUAAAACCGGGGGAAGAACCUUCAGAAUAUACAGAUGAAGAAGAUACCAAGGAUCACAAUAAACAGGAUUGAACUUUGUAAACAACCAAAGUCAGGGGCCUUCAGAACUACAAUUCUUAUUCCCUUUCACAGAAUGUCCAGUGUCUUUUGGUUUGAUUGACCUGCUGCAAAAAAUAUUUGACAGAUUGUGUACAAGAUAAAUGAGUCUCACUCUGAAGAUUUGAAUACUAGACAUUAUGUACGCUGCCAGACUCAUUUGUGGCACUUGUUUGUAAUGCCUGGUGGCGCUUCAUCAUCCUGAAAAGGAAGAAAGUCAGGAGGUUACUUUUAGCUCCCCUCCUCCCCCUCCUUCUUUUCUCUUCCUUCCACCUCCUCCUCCAUCCCCUAUCCCCUAUCUUACUUUCUUCUCUCUCCUCCUUUCUCCUUUUCUUUUUCUCCAAAAUACAUCAGAGACAACCAGAUACGUAUUUACUACUCAAAUGUACAAAUCUCCUCAGCAAACAGCAAGGGACUAUUACUUCACAUGCUAUGUUUUUAUUUUAGCAUUGAAGAGGUUACCUGGGCAGAGGAGGUGGGAGUUGCACAUUAAUUUGAGUAGUUUAGGCUACUGAAACAUUAAAAUGUGAAUUCCCAAACUGUUCUUUUUUGGGCUUUGUCAGGGAAAAGGAAACAAGGGAUUUCAAGUGGAUUGAAGUCAAGGAAAUUCCUCCAAGAUCAUUUCAAACCAGUUUUAUCCCUUCCCUUCCUUCCCCUAGAUCAAAUCAAUAUUAAUUGUGCCUUAUUUCACUUCCAUAGACUUGAAUUAUUUUUAGGGAAAGCCCCUAUAUGAAUUUGAAGUCACUACAAACAGCAUUGAGACUGAAGUUGGAAUAUUCUGUUGACCCACAAAACCUUGAUGUCAUUCUGUGUAUAUAGAAUGUAAAAGGAAUAUUCAGUGUUAACUGCCAUAUUAUGUUGAUAUACACAAACUUAAUUAGCAUUGUGAUGCCAAAUGCAUUCCCCCAUGCUUUCUCUUUUAAAAAAAAAAAAAUUGGAAAUCACAUCAACAGCCCUUAGCCCCUUACAGCUGCCUAAUUCUAGGAGUCUGACACUCACAUCUCAUGGGAGUGGGUCUGUGGGGCUGCAGUAUGGAUGUCUGUGUGGGUGUGUGUGGGUGUGUGUGAGAGUGCCUUGGAAGGGACUCUUUCUGCAGAUAUUGUAAAUAUAAGUACCGAUUUAAUAAAGCAUGUAAAAUAAACCAAAAUAAGCUUGAGUUGGAUUUUAUAUGCAAAACUGUAAGCCAGUGCAUUGUGAUAUGGGAAUAAGAUUGUGCAUUUGAUUCAAGAUGAGGAAAACUCUUGGAAAUGAAAAGCAGGCACUGGUUAACCAAGUUGUACACAUUGUACCACAUUCAGUGUAACUUUAGGAAGAAAUUCCACUUUUGUGGAACAUUCUUAAGAGAUCUGAGAUUAUUCAGGUAAGAGUUCAUGUAUAAAAGUGUACAUAUUUUUACUUUAUAUUUUGAUGCCAACUGAUUAUAUUGGAAAUAACAGCACUCCAGGCACUAGUUGUGAAACAAAACAGUAAAGGAUAUUGUACUGAUUAAUACUAAAUUUUUUCCUUAUUAGGUUGAAAAGAUCCUUACUAAAAGCCCUAAAUAUGUCAAUCAUAUGAUUUCAUCAUGACUAUGUAAGUUCUUGAUUGAGGACAAGUCACACCAAAAAGCAAUUCUAUUUAAGUCAUCAGUUAAAGAAAAGACUUCUGUUUAAUAAGUAUAAAAUAUAUAAAAGCCAUCAAAGAAAGGGCAACUUUGAACUGCAACAAUAAGCUAAAGUGUAUAAAAUACUAUAUUCUAUUUAAUCUUGUAAUGUUUUGUGGGAAAUUAUCUUUGGUCAGAUCUUGGCUAAAGAAUGGUUGUGAAGACUUAAAGAGUGUUGGGAAAUGCUUUGUGUAUUUAUGUAUUUUCUUUAAAAGUUUGUUAAAGUACAUGUCCUCUGUAGUAAACUGAUAUGUGUGUGUGUGUAUGUGUAUAUGUGUGUGUGUGUGUGUAUAUGAAUUAUUUGAGCCUACAGUUCAAUAAUAAACCUGCACUUGUUAAUAGAGAAACCCUAAAUAUUCAUAGGGUAAAAAUGAUGUGGUCUGGUAAGAAAAAUGAGUAAUUUUGUGUUUUGGACUUUAAAUAAACUGUUCUAUAGAUAAUCCCUUAA